AUGAAAAUUUAUUUAUAUUUAAUUGAAAAUAAACUAGAUUUAAUAUCAUGUGUCUCUAACGAUUUAAUAUUAAUGAUACAAAGUCGAGAUUAUUCAUCAUUAGAUCGAUUAUUAAAUAUUGAACAAUUUAGAUUAUUACAUCGCUAUGUAUUCCUUCUUGGAUGGAUACAUAAAAGAAUAGUCAAUGAUGCAAUUGUAUUGUAUGAUUCAAUUAAUGCAUUACCUGACAAAUGUUCGAUGUUCAGUAAAUCUUUAGAAUUAUUUCAACCUCAUAUUAAAUUUAUAUCAUGA